AUGCCAAGAGCCAAAUCUAAAGUCGUAGAAGAAGUUGAAGAAGAAGAAGAAGUUGCUGAAGAAACAUCCGAAGCUGUAGAAGUAGGAGAAUCUUUUAUUCCUAUUCAAGAAUUAGAAAACCAUGGUAUUUCUGCUACUGACGUUAAAAAACUUGUAGCAGUUUCAAGUCUUGAAUUAAAACUUACCAAUCCAAAUAUUAACAAAUUUGGAAAUGAUGGUGAUUUUAUUCCUCUCAAAGGAAAUUGGUUGAAUUUUCCUCAAUUCUCAAAUUUCAGACUUUCAAUACAACCAAGAAAUCAUGGAAUCAGAAUGAAUGUUUUUAUGAAUGGAUUUAUCAUCAGAAACGAUUCCAAUAUUUAUCAAAUAUAUUCCAAAGCAACAGUUCGAGACCAAAAGUUGAACAUGACAAUUUCUCAUUAUUUCGAUUCAUCAAAGGAACGAUUCACUUCCGAAUCAUGUCUUAAAGACUCACAAUCUUGUUCAGCAUUACCAGAAAUCGAUAUGGACAUUCCUUUCCAUCUAAUCAUGAACUCGUAUGAAAACAAAUCCUUUAUAAUUAAGAAUCACACCAAGAUUUAUGAUAGAGUUGUUGAUGAUUUGUGUAAUUUUCAUGAAAAUGAUUUGGUUGUUUCCUCUUUUCAUGAACAGCACUAUCUACUUUGUAUUAAAAAGGGAAAGAGAGAUAUUAGUUCUUUAAGAUUUAUUGUUGGAAGAGAAUUCAUAGCUAAGGUUGAUGAAUUGGCUCCAGCAAGAAUGAAAGAAUCCAUUGUGGAAUCUUUCAAGGAUGAAUAUCACAAGUUUCCAAAAAAUAAGGUUUCUAAAACUGUUGGAAAAGCAACAAGAAUUCUAAAAGAAACUUCUCAUCACACAGCUUAUUUUCUUAAUCAAGAUUCACAUGCUUGCAUUCUACCAUGGUUGAAGGGGUCCAAUUGUAAAAACUCAACCUACCCAAUCAAAACGAAAUACAAAUUCUUUGAAGAGAUGCGUGUUUCUCCAUGGGUAAGUACUAUUCGAAAUUUCUAUUCCUCAAUGCAAAUCACUCACAGAUACGGAACGAGCAGAGAACAUUCAGGUCUUCCAGUUUACUCUUCAAAUGCUUUCAGAAAUGGCGAGUAUUGGGGUCAAAUUGACCAUUACACACCCUACUGUUCAGAGAGAAUUUUCAUGAGAGAAGAAUCCAACUCAAGAGGUUGGGACAAUUUUGAUUUACAAUUAGCAGUCAGCAAAAUUCUAGUUCCAGAUUUCAUUUCCAACAAGACCAACACUGUUAGAAAUACCAUCAUCUUUGCUCACUCUAUGGGAAAUCUCAUGGUUGCUGCAGCAAUUAGCAGAGGACUUAUUGAAAUUGAUGUCAAGUCAACCAGCUGGUACAAUAUCAUGGGACCAAUACUUGGAUCACCAUUGGCUGAUUUUGGAGUGAGGGUGUGCUCACUGGGUGGAUUUUCAAGUUAUGCUGUGGAUAUUGGGUUGUGUGAGGAGUAUGGUAAACCAACAAGUGCUUUGCAAUCUCUCACCACUUCGGAUGUUUUGAAGAAUGAAAUUUCACCAUUAAUCUCCAAAUAUGUUACUGGAUACAUGUGUGGAACUAAAAGUUCUGGAUUGAACCCAUUUACUCCUCUUAAUUUGGCCUUGGCUGCACUCAGUCCAAUAAUGAAUCAGUGGACACACGAUGGAGCCGUUCCAUUGUUCUCAUGCAGAAACUUGUUAAAUUUUGAUUCAUUCACUGAGGAUUAUCAUUCGAGAAAUUACCGAGUUUCUGCCAAUCAUUUCGAUGGAGCUUGUGUUAAUGGCGAUGGUUGGUUUGAUAGCUCAUCUCCUUGCUCAUUCUACCUCAAUAAAGGAUAG